AUGCCAACAUAGUCUCAAGUGUCCACCUGAUCCAAGAAGCUCACUCCUCACCAGCAUCCCUCUCCAACCCAUUGUCCAGUCCAAUCCAUGUCUGAGGAGUUGGCUUUGGGAAUGGUUCCUGUCCUGGGUCAACAGAAGCAAUGAUGUUGUCCACUGGGCAUAUACUGACCAUUGUGGCAGGUCUGAGAACAUAGCUGAAGCUGAAAAUAGGAAAGCUGGGGGCAAGGAAGAGCCUUGAAUCUUGAGGUGGGACGUUGACUCUAAGAUGUCCUUGAGCAGUGGAGCCUCCGGAGGGAAAGGAGUGGAUGCAAACCCGGUUGAGACAUACGACAGUGGGGAUGAAUGGGACAUUGGAGUAGGGAAUCUCAUCAUUGACCUGGACGCCGAUCUGGAAAAGGACCAGCAGAAACUGGAAAUGUCAGGCUCAAAGGAGGUGGGGAUACCGGCUCCCAAUGCUGUGGCCACACUACCAGACAAUAUCAAGUUUGUGACCCCAGUGCCAGGUCCUCAAGGGAAGGAAGGCAAAUCGAAAUCCAAAAGGAAUAAGAGUGGCAAAGACACUAGCAAGCCUACUCCAGGGACUUCCUUGUUCACGCCAAGUGAGGGGGCAGCUAGCAAGAAAGAGGUGCAGGGACGCUCAGGAGAUGGUGCCAAUGCAGGAACCCUGGUUGCUGCUAUUGCUCCCAAGGGCUCAGAGAAGGCGGCCAAGGCAUCCCGCAGUAUAGCCGGCUCCAAAAAGGAGAAGGAGAACAGCUCAACUAAGAGCAAGAAGGAGAGAAGCGAAGGAGUGGGGACUUGUUCAGAAAAGGAUCCUGGGGUCCUCCAGCCGGUUCCAUUGGGAGGACGGGGUGGUCAGUAUGAUGGAAGUGCAGGGGUGGAUACAGGAGCUGUGGAGCCACUUGGGAGUAUAGCUAUUGAGCCUGGGGCAGCGCUCAAUCCUUUGGGAGCUAAACCGGAGCCAGAGGAAGGGGAGAAUGAGUGUCGGCCGCUAAAGAAAGUCAAGUCUGAAAAGGUCUUCCCCAAGAGAAAGAACAGAGAAACGGAGAUGGAGUCCCCUGUCUCCACACCAGCGGUGCUGCCGCUGCACCUUUUGGUGCCAGUGGUCAGUAAUGACAUCUCAUCCCCAUGUGAGCAGAUCAUGGUUCGUACCCGGUCAGUUGGGGUCAACACAUGUGAUGUGGCUCUAGCUACGGAACCCGAAUGCCUGGGCCCCUGUGAACCUGGGACCAGCGUCAACCUUGAGGGCAUCGUGUGGCAGGAAACAGAAGAUGGGAUGUUGGUGGUGAAUGUAACAUGGAGGAACAAGACGUAUGUAGGUACACUUCUUGACUGCACACGCCAUGAUUGGGCACCCCCAAGGUUCUGUGACUCCCCCACCAGUGACUUGGAAAUGCGUAAUGGUCGGGGUAGAGGCAAACGAAUGCGUCCUAACAGUAACACACCUGUCAGUGAGACAGCUGCAGCCUCUGACAGCAAAGGGACCGGCACUAGCAGCAAAACCCGGGCGGGAGCCAAUAGUAAAGGCCGUCGGGGUAGCCAAAAUUCUUCAGAGCAUCGCCCACCUGCGAGCAACACCUCUGAGGAUGUCAAGGCCAGCCCUUCCUCAGCUAAUAAACGGAAAAACAAACCCCUUUCAGACAUGGAGCUAAAUUCUAGCUCAGAGGACUCCAAAGGGAGCAAGCGUGUCCGUACAAAUUCCAUGGGCUCAGCCACUGGCCCCCUUCCUGGGACCAAGAUGGAACCCACUGUUCUGGACAGAAAUUGUCCCUCCCCUGUCCUGAUUGACUGUCCCCACCCAAACUGCAACAAGAAGUACAAGCACAUCAAUGGACUUAAGUACCACCAAGCUCAUGCCCAUACAGAUGAUGACAGCAAGCCAGAAGCAGAUGGAGACAGCGAGUAUGGAGAGGAGCCUACUCUCCAUGCAGAACUUGGGAGUUGCAAUGGUGCAUCUGUCUCACAAAAAGGUUCCUUGUCCCCUGCCCGUUCAGCUACCCCCAAAGUUCGGCUCGUAGAGCCCCACAGCCCUUCUCCUUCAAGCAAAUUCAGCACAAAAGGUCUCUGUAAGAAAAAGUUGAGUGGGGAAGGGGACACAGACCUUGGGGCCUUAUCCAAUGAUGGAUCUGAUGACGGACCCUCAGUAAUGGAUGAAACAAGCAAUGAUGCCUUUGAUUCUUUGGAAAGGAAGUGUAUGGAAAAAGAAAAAUGUAAAAAAACCUCUAGUUUGAAACCUGAAAAGAUUCCUUCCAAAAGCUUAAAGUCAGCCCGGCCCAUUGCCCCUGCCAUCCCCCCACAGCAAAUCUACACCUUCCAGACAGCCACCUUCACAGCAGCAAGCCCAGGCUCCUCCUCAGGCUUGACCACCACAGUGGUCCAAGCCAUGCCCAACAGCCCCCAACUCAAACCCAUUCAGCCCAAGCCCACUGUGAUGGGAGAACCUUUCACAGUCAACCCUGCCUUGACUCCAGCCAAGGACAAGAAAAAGAAAGACAAAAAAAAGAAGGAAUCUUCAAAGGAACUUGAAAGUCCCCUGACUCCUGGGAAGGUUUGUCGAGCAGAAGAAGGCAAAAGCCCAUUCAGGGAAUCAUCGGGAGAUGCGAUAAAAAUGGAGGGUCUCCUAAAUGGCUCUUCAGACCCCCACCAGAGCCGACUGGCUAGCAUCAAGGCUGAAGCCGACAAGAUCUACAGCUUCACGGACAAUGCUCCCAGCCCUUCAAUUGGAGGCAGUAGCCGCCUAGAUAGCACUACCCCUACCCAGCCCAUGACUCCCUUACAUGUAGUGACCCAGAAUGGAGCUGAAGCCAGCUCAGUCAAAACCAACAGCCCUGCAUACUCAGACAUCUCAGAUGCUGGGGAGGACGGGGAAGGCAAGAUGGACAGUGUCAAAUCCAAGGACCCUGAACAGUUGGUUAAGGAAGGGGCUAAGAAAACUCUUUUCUCCCCUCAGCCACAGAACAAAGACUCACCAUACUACCAAGGGUUUGAGAGUUACUACUCUCCAAGUUAUGCCCAGUCCAGCCCAGGGGCCCUGAACCCCAGCAGCCAGGCAGGAGUGGAGAGCCAGUCCCUGAAGACGAAAAAGGAUGAGGAACCUGAGACCAUAGAGGGGAAAGUAAAGAACGAUGUCUGCGAGGAUAAGAAACCAGAGCUGAGCAGUUCCAGUCAGCAGCCCUCUGUCAUCCAGCAGCGCCCCAACAUGUACAUGCAGUCUCUGUACUAUAACCAGUAUGCCUACGUGCCCCCCUAUGGCUACAGCGAUCAGAGUUACCACACCCACCUCCUGAGCACAAACACAGCUUACCGGCAGCAAUAUGAAGAACAGCAGAAACGGCAAAGCUUGGAGCAGCAGCAGCGGGGCCUGGACAAAAAGGCAGAGAUGGGCCUGAAGGAGCGGGAGGCAGCACUCAAGGAAGAGUGGAAGCAAAAGCCGUCCAUCCCACCAACUCUCACCAAGGCUCCCAGCCUGACAGACCUGGUGAAGUCAGGACCUGGCAAGGCCAAGGAGCCAGGAGCCGACCCUGCCAAAUCAGUCAUCAUUCCCAAGUUAGAUGACUCCUCAAAACUCCCCAGUCAGGCCCCGGAAGGACUUAAAGUGAAACUGAGUGAAGCCAGCCACCUUGGCAAGGAGGCUUCUGAGGCCAAAACAGGUGCUGAGUGUGGCCGACAGGCAGAGGUGGAUCCAAUACUCUGGUACCGACAGGAGGCAGAGCCCCGGAUGUGGACAUAUGUCUAUCCUGCCAAGUACUCAGACAUCAAGCCAGAGGAUGAGCGGUGGAAAGAGGAGCGGGACCGCAAAUUGAAGGAGGAGAGGAGUCGGAGUAAGGACUCAGUCCCCAAGGAGGAUGGGAAGGAAAGCACAAGUAGUGACUGCAAGCUGCCCCCAGCUGAGGAUUCCCGCCUUGGCAGCAAGGAUCCCCGACCAGGUGUCCACGUGCCUGUGUCCUCACCCCUCACCCAGCACCAGUCCUACAUCCCCUACAUGCACGGCUACUCCUACAGCCAGUCCUACGACCCCAGCCACCCCAGCUACCGGGGCAUGCCUGCUGUGAUGAUGCAGAACUACCCAGGUUCCUACCUGCCUUCCAGCUACUCGUUUUCCCCAUACGGCAGCAAGGUCUCAGGGGGCGAGGAUGCCGACAAGGCACGAGCCAGCCCCAGUGUCAGCUGUAAGUCCAGCUCGGAGUCCAAAGCCCUGGACAUCUUGCAGCAGCAUGCCAGUCACUACAAGAGCAAGUCUCCCACGAUAAGUGAUAAAACUGCUCAGGAGAGAGAUCGGGGAGCCUGUGGGGUGAUUGGGGGUGCUGGCAGCUGUAGCAGCAUCGGGGGAGCAGGCGGGGGUGAAAGGAGCGUAGACCGGCCUCGCACCUCUCCUUCCCAGCGCCUGAUGUCCACACACCACCACCACCACCACCUGGGUUACUCGUUACUCCCGGCACAGUACAACUUACCCUAUGCAGCAGGGCUUUCUUCUACGGCUAUUGUUGCCAGCCAGCAAGGCUCCACUCCCUCACUCUACCCACCCCCCCGGAGGUGAGAAUG